AUGGACAGGCGCGCAAACCCGCCCUCGGCGUUGCGAAUAUUCUAUCGCACCGGCGCAUUCCACCGGCCUGAUGAGUUCUUCGCGCCGGAGCUCCUACCGCACCUCACCGUCCAUACUUGGCCUUCUUGCACUCUCCACGAGCUGUCGCAUCAUGUCGCCUUCACGGCGCCUUCCAUCCUUCCCGACCCGGUAAUAGGCACUCGGCUGUCGUUCCGCCUCAUUUACCCAGACGCGCGCGGCGCUGCCGGCCCCUCGGCCCAUGCUCAGGGCCCCAAGUAUAUGAUCAAAGAUUUGGGUAGCAUCGUGAUCGGCGACGGCGAACCGGGCCUGGAGGCUGAAGAUACUUCCUCUCUCCAUAGGGAUCUUGGCGAAGCAGAUGGGUUGCGAGGCAGCGUGGAUGGAGGCGAGGGUCUGAAAACCCUAGCCGAAGCUCGAUUUGUUGUUGGGGAUUAUAUUUCCCUGGCCAUUUUGCCGCCCCUAGAGGACGGCAGUAUUGCACCUCCCAGCGCCGCGAGAAUGGGUAGAGGUGCCGGUGCCGGAGAGGCGGGCACCGUUGUAGGACGCGCACCAGGCCAUCUUGGAAGAGACAGAUUUCACGAUUCUGGUGGUCGCAGAGGUGGUCGCGCCGGGCGUUCAGAUGGCUUUGGUUGGGGCAGUCGAGGAGGAGCAGGCGGCAGUGCUUCUGCUGGUGGUAGUUUUGGCGUUCCAAGGGGAGAGUGGAGGCGUGGCGAACAAUUACCCGACGUGCCUCGAGAACGCGGCGGUUCCUCUGGAGAAUGGAGAGGGCUGGAUUCACAAUCCAACAGGUCACAUGCUCGAGGUCGUGGCCGAGGCAGAUGGUAG